ACAACGUGUUGUCGAUAGGCCUGAGCAUUACUUAAAAGGUCAACUACUUGAUGUGUCACUGUACAAAACGAAAGAGAAAAGUGGAAAUGCGUGUAAAGAUUCAGCUCCAAGAAAAAUAUUAAUUACUGGGCUACCAAGUUCAGUUGACAAGGAAUUUGUGGAACUUUAUUUUGAGGACUUUGAAAGUACAUGCGAAAUGCACGUUGAAAGCGUUGAUAUAAAUCCCGAUGAUGCUACAGCUUUAGUACAGUUUCGUGACCAAGCAGCUGUCGAUUUCAUUCUGCGAAGUCAGACUUUACAAAUGAAAGGGCAAACAAUCUCCGUUCAAGUUUAUGAAGAGGAGAAAGAGAAUGUCUGCACAAUAGAAGUACAUGGACCGUCCGACACUGGAUCUGAUUUGGACAUGUUGCUACUUUAUUUCAAAAACAAGAAACGUUCUAAUGGCGGUGUGAUUGUAAACAGUUCUGUUGACACUGGGAAGAAUGUUGCAUAUAUAACUUUUAAGGACCAGGAAGUUGCACGACGUGUUGUCGAUAGGCCUGAGCAUUACUUAAAGGGUCAACUGCUUAAUGUGUCACUGUACAAGCCGAAUAAGAAAAGUGGAAAUGCGUGUAAAGAUUCAGCUCCAAGAAAAAUAUUAAUUACUGGGCUACCAAGUUCAGUUGACAAGGAAUUUGUGGAACUUUAUUUUGAGGACUUUGAAAGUACAUGCGAAAUGCAAGUUGACAAUGUUGAUAUUAAUCCCGAUGAUGCUACAGCUUUAGUACAGUUUCGUGACCAAGCAGCUGUCGAUUUUAUUCUGCGAAGUCAGACUUUACAAAUGAAAGGGCAAACAAUCUCCGUUCAAGUUUACGAAGAGGAGAAAGAGAAUGCCUGCACAAUAGAAGUACAUGGACCGUCCGAUAUUGAAUCUGAUUUGGACAUGUUGUUACUUUAUUUCAAAAACAAGAAACGUUCUAAUGGCGGUGUGAUUGUAAACAGUUCUGUUGACACUGGGAAGAAUGUUGCAUAUAUAACUUUUAAGGACCAUGAAGUUGCACGACGUGUUGUCGAUAGGCAUGGGCAUUACUUAAAGGGUCAAUUGCUUGAUGUGUCACUGUACAAGUCGAAAGAGAAAUGUGGAAAAGCGUGUGAAGAUUCAGCUCAAAGAACAAUAUUACUUACUGGGCUACCAAGUUCGAUUGACAAGGAAUUUUUGGAACUUUAUUUUGAGGACUUUGAAAGUACAUGCGAAAUGCACGUUGAAAGCGUUGAUAUUAAUCCCGAUGAUGCCACAGCUUUAGUAAAGUUUCGUGACCAAGCAGCUAUGGAUUUCAUUUUACGAAGUCAGACUUUACAAAUGAAAGAGCAAACAAUCUCCGUUCAAGUUUACGAAGUAGAAAAAGAGAAAUUCCGCACAAUAGAAGUACAUGGACCGUCCGACAUUGAAUCUGAUUUGGAAAGGUUGCUACUUUAUUUCAAAAACAAGAAACGUUCUGAUGGCGGUGUGAUUGAAAAUAGUUCUGUUGACACUGGGAAGAAUGUUGGAUAUAUAACUUUUAAGGACCAGGAAGUCGCGGGGAGAGUAGUGGCAAAAGAUCACAGUAAACAAGGGUUAGAAGUAAAGCUUGUGACAGACCGAUCAGCAGAUGAUGACUCUACGGAUAAAAAUGUCAGUACUGUGAAAGUUAAAGGCGUACAAACGACAGUUACAAAAGAAACCCUUGAACACUAUUUUGAAAAUGAAAAACGAUCUGGGGGAGGUCCAAUUGAAUCAAUAUGGAAUGACGAUGAAGAUGAAAACGUUGUGUUUAUUACAUUUUUAAAGUCUGAAGAUGCACGAAAAGUUGUUGACAGAAGGCAUGAAAUUCAGAAAUGUACGUUACAAGCUAGCCUGUACAUUCCUCCGCCAUGUUAUGAUAACAAAGUUCUUAUCAAAGGUCUACAAAGUACUAAAGAUGCUUUAUUCCAAUUCUUGAAAGCAACUGCGAAUGUAGAGCCUAUACGCAUUGAUUACCAUAACGAGGAGGAGAGUACUGUUUUAGUGACAAUGAGAAAUACCCCUGAUUUUGAAAAACUUGAAAAGGCAUGCAAGGAAAACACUUUAGGAGGAGCAAGACUCAAAGUUUCAAAGAUACAUGUAUCCAACUGCAUUCUCGUCUCAAACCUGGCACCAGAGGUUACAAAAGACAGAAUACGGUACUAUUUUGAGAACAAGAAGAAAUCUGGAGGAGGUGAUGUCGAAAAAGUUGUGAUGAAUGAAGAUGAGGUUGAGCGUACAUGCUUGGUGUACUUUGAAGAUUACAAAGUAAUUGACAUCAUUCUUGACCGAAAACACACUCUCGGGAACAAAGAACUAGAUGUAAAAUGUUUCCAAACAGCAUUAGGACGCCCAGAAGGGGAGACGGAUGAAAGGACAUUUCAAGUACCACGUGCUUUUGAUAUUAAGGAUGCCGAUGCCCAUAAAGUCAAGUUUGUAGCCAAUUCACCCGAAUAUUGUAAAGGUUUUGAGCAAGAGUUACUGAAACAUUACAUUAAAGUCAAAUGGCCGAAUGAUACCGAUGUACAUAUGAAUGUACAGCUUCAUUGUAUGCUAACGAAAGAUGUUAAAGGGUGCUUCAAAACUGCGAGAAGAUGGGAAAAACAAGCUAAGUCUGUGUUUACAAAACUUAUGGAUGCGAUCGGUCUCUACCGUAUUGACGUUUUGCAUGACAUUAAACCAAAGGUGAUUGACUUCCUUAAAAACACCCAAGAAAGCGAACAAGCAAAUGUAGCUAUUGUCAGUGAAAAAGAGCAGGAGGUUGUUGUUAUUGUAGGUAAACAAGAUAUUGCUGACGAUCUAAAGCUAAAAAUAGAGAAAGCAAUUACGAAAAUAGAACAUGAUGCUGAAAGAGAGAGGCAGAAAGUUACAGAAGUAUUUACAAAUUUAAAGCCUAUUGAGACAAAAAUGAUGAUUUUCGAAAAGUUUCCAGAAUCUCUGGAAAAAGAGUUCGGGGACAUCAAAAUACAAAUCGCAGUCGAAAAAAACGAAAUACAUCUUCAAGGUUUGAUAAGCAGCGUCCGAAACGCAAAACUUGCUAUAUAUGACAAGAAGAGCAAGUUUGAAAUACAGCGUAUAGAUAAUAUCUCUAAUCGCGUACUCUCAUUAUUGAGAUUAGGAAAUACAAGUUCUUCGCUACAACAGAAUCUUCAAUCGAAUGGAAUACCAGCAGUCUGGGAAAUUAACGCGAAUGGAAUCAUAGUGUGCUGUAGUAAAGCAGACUGUUGUGACAAAGCAAUAGAAUUGAUACGUACGUUUUUCUAUGAGGAUACUAUAUCGACUGAGAGAGUUUCUGUCCCAGCUUUGGAGACGGACAAAUGGAGAAACAAAGUUGAAGAAAUCCAUGCAAUGCAUCCAGGAAAAGUAAAAAUAGCUCUUAGCGAUGAUUUAACUGAAAUUCAUGUUUGUGGAACGGCUGAUAUUGGAAAGUCCGUGACAGAAGAAGUACAGAGCUUUCUGCGGUCCAACACAAUCGUUACAAAGAAGGUAUCAGGCUCGAGAGGAGUUCAUCGUUUCCUAGAAAAGAACUGUAAAACGGAAAUAGACGACAUUUCUAGAAAUCUUCAACAAUAUUGUGUGACAAUUAAAACUCUAGAUCAGUACAGAGGCUUUGAAAUUCGAGGUCCACAAAAGGGCGUCCAAGAAGCAAGCAUUCAGUUUCAGAAGCUUUUGAACAGAAUUCAGCAAACAAAGCAUACAGUUUCAAAACCAGGAAUUGCAGAACAUAUAAGGUCAGUCAAAGGAAAAGACAUUAUUCAGACAAUUGAAACGAUAUUUCCAUGCGUAAUCAUUGUUGAGGGAGAUGAAGCUUACAAGCAAAGGACCGAAAAAGCACAUGGAACUAGAACACAUGCAAGCUGUAACGCAUUUCAAGGGACGACUAUAUAUGUAUUGCAAGGAGACAUGACAGACCUUGAAGUAGGUGUACUUGUGCACCCGUCAGACAAGAACUUGGGAUUUUCAGGUGGACUUGGAAAGACUAUUAUUUCAAAAGGCGGACCUGCUAUAAAACAUGAAUGUGAGACACAUAGAAGUUUGAACGAUGGCGAUGUCUUCAUGAGUAAGGCUGGUGAUUUGAAAGCGGAUUAUAUUGCCCACAUCAAAAGUCAACAAUGGGACCAAGAGAAAUCAAUGGAUAAAGAUUUAGAGGCGACAGUCUUCAAAUGUCUACAAGAAACAUCAAAGCUACAGGAGAAAUCUGUUGCAAUACCAGCAAUAGGUUGUGGUGUAAAUGGGUUUCCAGUUAAUGUUGCCACGUCAUGCAUUGUCAGUGCAAUAAAAAGGAUAUUGAUAGAAUAUCAGGAUAGUUCGAUUUGUGAGGUGUAUCUCUGCGAUAUGAAUGCAGAGAACGUCCAAGGUUUUAUUGACGCACUGUGCAAGAUAUUCGGAAGUACUACCGUUUUGCUUCACGAAGGUGACGAGACUCUAAAAGCUGGAAGUAGCAGUCAUGACAAUUUAUCAGGAGCAAUGGGUGCGCGUCCGAAAUGUGUUGCAACACCAAGGCGUUCUAAUAAUACAGAGAGAAACGAGUUGUCACAAACGUUGUCAAAUGUUCCUAAAAGUGAGGGAAUCGCCAUUGGAAAUAUUCUGGUGACUGUAGUAAAAGGAGAAAUUGCGAGACAAAAGGUGGAUGUAAUUGUGAACACGACAUCCCAUAACUUAGAUCUACGUAAUGGUGCAGUCUCACAAACGCUAUUGAAAGCCGCUGGAAAGGAAUUACAAGACGAAGUAAAUACUAAGUAUCCGAAAGGACUUGAGGGUAUUGAUGUAGCUGUGACCGACGGGCAUAAACUAAAUUGUGAAUAUGUCAUUCACACCGCAUUAUCGAAGUUUAAUGAUAAAGAGCCAAAAGAGAGCAUAAUAGCACUCCACAAGUUAAUGAAAAAUUGUUUACAUGAGGCACAGCGACGUAACGGUCAGAGCAUUGCCUUCCCAGCCAUAGGCACUGGUAAUCUAGGAUAUCCGCGUAAUGUUGUCGCAGAAGAAAUGUUUAAAGCAAUAAAAAAAUUCCAGGCCAACUGUUCCCAGUCAAGUAUACGUGACGUCAGGUUCAUUGUUUAUCAGAUGGACUCUCAAACCAUCAUGGCGUUUGACGCAGAACAGUCCCGCAUACAGAAAGAAGUACAAGCAAUGACAUUUGCAGGACAAUCAGAUGUUUUGGGCAUGUCCGCAUCUACUGAUGAAAAACGAGAUAGAAGACUUAGCAUUGAUCCAGAUUCCAUUUCCGUUACCUUUAUAUUGUACGCUCUGAGUUCGGAUACAACAGCAAAUGUCAUAAAGAAACUUGAUAACUCAAUUGAAAAAGAAAUGCGCACAAAAGACAUCAAUGACCACACUAUUCGCCAACUUCAAGAUUACCAGGUUGAUGAAAUGAAGAGUAUUGCCAGGCAAUGUCAUGUUCAAAUGCGUUUGGAUAAAAACAGGGGUAGUGUUAAGCUUGAUGGAAUAAUCGAAAAUGUUUCCACUGCUUCGGACAAGAUAAAUGCAUUGCUUAGAGAUGCAGAGCGGAUGGAGUUGAUGAAGAAUAUUGCGCAGUGGUUCUAUAUUGAGGGUGCACCUACAGGCGAAAGGGUGCAACCGUACGAAAAGGAUAUAAAUUUGACAAUAGAAAAUGCCUACAGACAACAAAAAGACUGUGCGGCAUUUUGCGUAAAUGGAAUCGACUACAUUCUUGACUUUGCAUCAAUGGAGGAGUAUCCUGAACGUGAUAAGACAAACAUAGCAAAAGUCAUGCGGCGGGAUCUUGUUAAAGGAGGGACAUUUGAGCUACCUGCUCAAUGGGAUGAUAUGCAAGGCGAUAAUUCGAAGGUUAUUUGCUUAAAGAAUGGUUCACCCGAAUACAAAGACAUUGAACAAAAGUUCAAAGAUUCUGCACAGUUUAAAGAUUUAAAUGGACAGCUUAAAUACUGGAAUGUUGUAAAG